UUCAUUUCCAACUCCUCUUUAUAAAGGAACCUAGAAAACCCUAAGCCAAACCUCACUCUCUUAUUUGCCGUCACAGGGAGAGCAAACCCUAGGAGAGCGAAGAUGAAGUACAAUCCAAGAGUGACCAGCUCUCGCCGCAAGAACCGAAAGGCUCAUUUCACGGCGCCGUCGAGCGUCCGCCGUGUGUUGAUGAGCUCUCCUAUCUCGUCAGACCUCCGGUCCAAGUACAAUGUCCGGUCCAUGCCGGUUCGCAAGGAUGACGAGGUUCAGGUGGUGCGUGGGACCUACAAGGGUCGCGAGGGCAAGGUAGUCCAGGUUUACAGGCGCAAAUGGGUCAUCCACAUAGAGCGCAUCACCAGGGAGAAGGUCAAUGGGUCGACGGUGAACGUGGGCAUCAACCCAUCCAAGGUGGUGAUCACCAAGCUCAGGCUGGACAAGGAUAGGAAGGCGCUGCUGGACCGCAAGGCCAAGGGUCGUGCCGCUGCAGACAAGGAUAAGGGUACUAAGUUCACAGCCGAAGAUAUUAUGCAGAACGUCGACUGAUUUUCUUCUGGUUGGUUAUAAAACUAGUUCAUUUUGCUGUUUUGGUAGUAAAAUUAGCGAACAACGAUCUGAUGAGUUUUAAUUUUUAAAUUUUCCCAAUUUCAAGUAUGGAUAUGUUUAAUGUGUUUUAAGUGUCUUACGCACUGGAUUGGAUCUUCAGACAGUGAUUUUGUGCUGGUUUUUAAAUGCUAUUAUAUUAUCAUAUACCUGGCUAUUAUUUUU